AAAUACAUUUGCUUUAAAUCAGUUGCGCACUAAACUUUGCAAACGUCGAAUCUAAUAGAACAAAAUAAAUAUGAACUCUGCUAAAUUGCUGUUAAUAGGAUUUAUUUUUGUAGCCGGCAGCCGGGCAAUGCCGCAAUUUCCUUCUGGCUACCGUUAUAGUACACAGUAUUGCCGAGAUACGCUUACAGCCAGGCAAUUGUAUGUGGGCGAAGUGUUUACACGGCCUGGGCAAUGUGUGCGAGUGCAAUGUCUGGGCACACUUCAGCUAUGGGAGGAUACCUGCAAAGUUCCAGUUGGUUUGAAAGGCGAUUGUCAUGUGUUGCUGCCCUCUGAAACCAAUCUGGUCUAUCCCAAAUGUUGUCCCCUAUACGAAUGCAAAACGUUCACGUCGAAUCCAGAGGGAGAGUUGGAGCAAACGAAUACGUAUGAUCAUACUGGCAAUUUGCGUAAAUCGCAUCUGACCGAGGUGAUUGUUAUAAAUAAGGAUCGUCUAGGACCAAAUUUACGAGAGGGACCAACAGUGCAGCCAAAUGUUCGAAAAUAUUCAAUAUAAGCUGCCGUUUUAUGCGGUUUUCACUGUAUAUAUGUAUGACUAUAUCUAUACAAAUGGAUAUACAUAUAUACAUAUAUAUAUAUGUGCGUGAGUGUAUAGUGUGAAUUUGUUGUGUGAUCAAUUAGGCCGUAGUUAGUCAUAAAUCAGCUGUAUCGCAUUGCAAUGUUACGUGUCCUUUAUAUACACAUGUGUUGGACACCAUUAAAUUACAUUAAAUUAAAAUUUAAUUCAACUGCAAAGGCGGCAUUUUUUUAGACAGGGAUGUCCCCUAUGCAAUUUUUUGUUUGGCAGAACUGCUUUACUUUUGCGACUAGCAAAGCUUAAGCUAUCGAUAGAAGACCACUCAAU